AUGUUCUCCCCGGACUACUUCCACACAGCCUCGGCACCCAAAUUGCAAGACUAUCACGACUAUGCCCAGGCACACAUUCGGGACAGACGAAUCUCGCUAUCACCGCUGGCCAAAAAAUGGCUCAGGAACUACAGGGAACCCUACAAAGGCUUCACAUCGGAUGGAAACAUUAUUCCUGGACUCUGGAAGUCCAGCCCCCAUGCCAAUGGACCAACACAGGAGAUGGUGAACGCAGCUCAGUUCUUGCUGUCAGUAGCAUCGCCAAAUGAGAAGGCACGAUUCCGUCAUCUCGUGACCGCUAGAGAAUGGCGUGCGUGGUCAAACCCAGAGGUUAUUGUUAUGGAAUGCGGUCUCCGUGUCGAUGCCAUGAGUGCGGACACCAUGAAUGCAGUAUACGAGCUGCUCAGAGUAUCAUUGAGUCACGAAGGAUUCGCGCGCGUGUGGACUGCAAUGAUGAUGACCCAAGCCGAAAACCAGGAGGAUUUGCACCGCAUCGCUGGCUAUCAAUUCUGUCUCUUCGGCGAACCUGGCCUACUCUCACCUUGGGGAUUCAAUCUGUUUGGCGACAACGUGUGUGUAAACGUCUUCACACUUGGCGGAGAGGUUGUCAUCGGACCCUUCUUUGUCAGCUCUGGUCCCAGCUUCACCGAGCAAGGCUUGGUAGACGGCGUUCAGGUGUUUGAGAGAGAAGAAGCAGCUGGACUCGCUUUGAUGGCAUCUCUCAACCCACAACAACAGUGUGAGGCUAGUCUUUCAGGCGAGAUCGAGGACUUCAGCAUGGAUCAAGACCUGUUCGAUCCUAUGGACUACCGCAGUCUGGGAGGCGCACACCAAGACAACAGAAUCGUGCCUUACGAAGGAAUUUGCGCCGCUGAUCUUAACGCGCACCAACAAAGAGCACUUCUCGAUAUUGUGAGAUCGUUCAACCAGGUACUGCCGCAAGACUCGCUGGGCUUGUUCAUGCAGCGAGUCGAGAGUCACCUCAACGAGACAUACUUCUCAUGGCUCGGACCUGUUCACAGGGACGCACCUUUCUACUUCCGCAUUCACAGUCCGGUAGUGAUGAUUGAGCUCGACCACCAAGAUGGCAUUAUGGUGCCGGGAACUUCGAGUAGACAAUAUCGCAUCCACGCCACGCAGCGUUUGCCCAACAGAGGAGACUAUGGCGCAGCGCUGCUGGACGAGUGGGUGAUGAAAAUGGCUGGAUUUGACAGAAUCGGCAGCAUGGUUCGAUGA